ACAGUUACGCACAAUUUUAAAAAUACGCCGGAGAACAAACAGCAAACAUGGCUGACAAAGCAAAACAAGACAUGAUUGAUAAUUUUAUCAAGAUCACUGCUGUUGAUCAAGAUAGAGCGCGUUUUUAUUUAGAAUCAUCUGCCUGGAAUCUUGAAUUAGCCAUGGGAAGUUUCUAUGAAGGUGAUCCAGAUGAUGAUGAUGAUCUAGUUGGUGGUGUUGUCGGCUCAGCUAUGCCUCAACAACCACCAGCCAUGGCACCGCAGGAACCUGAGACUGGCAGUCGUAAAUCCAAGACAACAGGAACCUCAAGCUCAAGGUUUGCUACAAUAGGAAGUAUGCAAGGUCAAGGUGAAGAUUCAAGUGAGGAAGAAGGUCAAGCUUUCUAUGCUGGUGGAUCUGAGAGAAGUGGACAGCAAGUUUUAGGACCUAAAAAGAAGAAGACAAAUGUUGUGGAAGAUCUUUUCAAGUCUGCCAGGGAACAUGGUGCUGAGGAAGUGAACAGUGCUGAGCCACCAAGGCCGGGAGGCAGUAGGGCCUUUAAGGGCUCUGGUUACCGGCUCGGGGAUGGUGAAGGACAGGAUUCUGAAGAAAUCUCUGGGGAACCAGUAGCAAAAAGUAGAAGACAGGUUGACUGUGUGUUAAAACUAUGGAAGAACGGGUUCAGUGUAGAUGACGGACCUCUAAGAGAUUUUAAAGAUCCAGCUAAUAAAGAAUUCCUAGCCUCCAUAUCAAAAGGAGAAGUUCCACAUGAGUUAAUUCAAGAAGCGAGAGGUGGGGAAGUUAAUUUAAAUAUGGAAGAUCAUCGAACAGAAGAUUAUGUGAAGCCAAAAGUUCCGACAAAAGCUUUUACAGGGGAAGGGAAUGUUCUUGGAAGUCCAGCUCCGACUGUGGUUAGUGCUUCAUCUAAAAGUUCCAGUAAAGCUCCUAGUUCAAACCAGUCAACGUUGAAGGUAGAUGAGUCAAAACCAGUCACCACGAUACAAAUACGUCUAGCCGAUGGAUCAAGAUUGGUAUCGAAGUUCAAUCACUCACAUACAGUCAGAGAUAUACGGCAACAUAUCACCUCAUCCCGUCCACAGUAUGAAGGUGCGAACUUCAUACUACAAACAACGUUUCCAAACCGUGAGCUUACCAAUACUUCAGAGACUAUAGAACAAGCUAAACUCCAGAAUGCCGUCGUAGUACAGAGGUUAACGUGAGGCACUUGUAGAAUGUUGUGUUCAAGAUAUUACGCUGUUAGUUCUAUCUUUUCUACCUGAAUAAUCACACUUUCAUGAAGGAGUAAUAAAAUAAAACAAACACACCAGUUAUUCUGUAUGCAAAAUUGAAAUCAGUACCUUACGUGUAUAGAAAUUGACAGUAUUUACAGAUUUUACUCAAUAAAUGCAUUGAUAUUGCUGAAAGAAGUACAAUUUAUAUUUAUUAAAAAUAAUUUAGGAUAUAGAUGUUACGUUUUGAGUACAAUGUCUUAUAAUUUUGAUUCAGUUCAGUUAUUUUGCAAAGUGAUUGUAUUUAGGUUGCAUGCCUACUGGUCUGGGACCAUCAAUCGGACACUUCUUGAACAUUGUUCCCGACAAAUUUCAUAAUUUCAAACCUAGAGACCUGAAAAUUUGAGACAGUACAGCUAAGUUCUUCUCCUAACUAACAAAAUAGUUUGUUUAUUUCUGUUAAUUUUGACAAUGACAUCUGAGGCUCGUCAAGGAGGGUAUCAAAAUUACCUAAAUUGUCUACACUUCAGUACCAUGUGUCCGGACAGAUAUGUACAUGUGAUGAUUUAAUUCAGAUAAAAUGUUUGGGUGUUUUAAUUUUUUAUUUUUAAUAUGAAAUACAAUAUUUCAGCAGCAAAUGCUGAAGUUUUGGAUAUUAAAUUGUUUACUCUGUAAAUGAUUAUAGCUGGCAUAUGAGGUCAAGUAUUGCACUCUUGAUGCCCAAGUUUCCAACGUCAACAUUCUUGAAAUAGAAAUUAAAAUAUUACCGUUUACAGAAAUUAAUGAAUUUAAUUAAUUAUAGAAGAAACAUGUAUGUUGAUAAAAAAGUGACUGAAAUAUUGAAUACCACUGAACAAAGAAAAACACUAAAUAAAGCAUUUUCUGGGCCGUCCGGGUUUGGUGGUUGUCCAGUUUUGGUGGUCCUCGACCAGUACAGAUUUGUUUAAUAUUGUAUUGACAACUUUAAAAGGGUUUGAAUAAGUCUAACAUGAAGUCUAAUGUAUAAAUAAUGUGAUUAACCCAACAAGUGAAUUGUCAAAAUAUGCAAAUAUUUCUCUUGCUUUGUUAAUUAGUUGAAAUUUUGAUGAUGAAGAAAAUAGUAAAUUCUGUUAUAUUUUGCAUAAUAUAUGAAAAAAAGUUACACCUGGAUUGUUAAUAUUUAUGCAUUUUUAGCUUGACUAUUUGAAGUAUAGGGAGAGUUAUUGUACUCAACCUGGCGUCAGUGCUGGUUUUGGCAUCACCCCUUUGGUAAUGUUUUUGCAUGCAUGUUGGUAUCUCAGAAACUUAACUAAAGGAAUGUAACUUCACAUGCUUCUUUCAGAGCAUAAUUCUAACAUGGAUUUUGACUGGACCACGGUCCUGUUUUGAAAAUUCUAAAUAAUCCAUGCUGUUGUUUUAGUAUUUAACAAACUGAGAAUAUAGUCAAGCAAGCUCUCUUUUGUUGGAGAUUUAUGUCAUUCAUAUGGAAGCUUGUCACUUUAAUAAGGAACUUAUUGGAAAUAUGUUAAUUUAAUUUAUAAUUAAGAAUUCUAUUCAUUAUCUAUUGAGCUGGGGAUAUGAUCAAAAUGCUAUGUUUGAAUAUUUCAGUCUAUGCAGGAGCUUAAAUUAUUCAGAGAAUCAUUAUUUUUAUUAUUUCAGUCACAUAGAUCUUUAGAAAUUACACUGACAUGCCAUUAAUAUUGUAUUGGCAUUAGUGUGAAAACAUUCCUUCAUUUGAGUCAAACAGAUUUUUGUGGAAAUAAAAAUUAUAUGAUAUGUAUACUACAUACCACUUUUCUUUAAAUUAUUUCAUACUGCUAAGGUACUUCAUUUAUUGUUCACGUUUAUUGAAAGAUUUGUUUUAGUUUUUGUCUUUCAUAUUGAAAGAAAACACCAGGUUUUAAGUCUAAUAUGAAAAUUAUUUAUAUGCACAAGGUUGCUGAUUCUGUUUUUUGCAAAAGAUGUUGAUAAUAAUUUAAAUUUUACACACAGCUAUCUUAGAAAAAUUGAAAUCAGUGAUUUUUCACCUUUCUCAGAGGCUUAUAAAAGCCCUCUUCCCAAUUGAAAUGUUUCUUUAAAGUCAUGCAGUUUCUCCCAAAAAUCUGAACUUACACCAGCUUUAUUAUUUCCCAAAAAAGCAAUUUUAGCAAAACUUAGUCAGGCUAAUGCCUCGUCCCAAUUGAAUUAGAAAAAAAAACUGAAAAAAAUUCCUCAAAUAUUUUUUAAUAUUCUUCUCAAUUAUAGAAUCUUGUCACCUUAGUGCAAUAACUGGUUAACUUCUCUUGAAUUUAGAAGGAUUUAACCCGUUACUGCACUAAUGUGACAAUUAUAAUUAUGUUCAAAGGCCUAGUUUCCUUUAGUACAUAUUAUAUAGGAUAGGGCCAAUAUGUAUAGAUCUGAAAUAUCUAGAAUAAAAUCAACCAAGAUAUCCCAAAAUAAAUUCAUAGUCUAUUGUAUAUAUCAAAAUGCACAAGUGCUUUUCUGUAUUUACACAGUUUGUCUGGUGUGUUAUAGUAGUUGGAUUAAGUAACCUUGCAACUCCUGAAAAUAUUUCAAAGGCUUGUUACACAUUCUGCUAGGCUUACAUAUAACUUUAAUCUUUAAAUGAGCCGUGUCACGACAAAACCAACAUAAUGGGUUUGCGACCAGCAUGGAUCCAGACCAGCCUGCGCAUCCGCGCAGUAUGAUCAGGAUCCAUGCUGUUCCCUAUCAGUUUCUUUACUUGUUAUAGGGUCUGUAAGCAAACAGCAUGAAUCCUGAUCAGACUGCGCGGACGCGCAGGCUGGUCUGGAUCCAUGCUGGUUGCAAACAUUAUGUUGGUUUUGUCGUGACACGGCUCAAAUGCUCAUUAUGCCUCCGAAAUGAAUAAAAUUUUACUUUUUUUUAAGAAAUGGCUAACAUGAAUUUUUUAACAUUUAAAUAAUGGUUUUAAAGACUCUGAGAUGCUUGUUACUUGAAGAAAGUAGUGAUAAACAAGAAUUUAUUUGUCAUAAAACUAGCAAAAUGUAAACAAUGUACUAUUUUGACCUUCUAUACAAAAUACUAAAUCUUUUUAACUGUACUAAUUGCCAAGAAGCAACAGAAAGAAAAAUGUUCAGGUAAUUGACUAAUGAGUAACUUUUGGUUUUGGAAAUUAUAAAAGUACACCAAGAAUAAAAAGUGUUUGAAAAUUAAGAUUAAAAGCAUUUCUUGGGCAUAAUGGGCCUUUAAUCAUAAAUACAGUGUAUGUAGUAUUAACAUAGGGUCUACACUAUCAUUGGUGUUUAUUUUGUUUUUAUUUUGUAUGACAUAAGAGCAUUAGACUAUACAUUACUGUUUUUUGGGGGUUUUUAAUUUUAUAACCUGGGUUCUGCAUCAAGAUGGGUAAGCAUGACAUAAUGUGACUGUGAUUUAAAUAAUUUGUUUAGCUCAAGUCUGUACUAUUGACAUAACUCUUCAUUUGAAACAAUGAUUUUCAGAGAUAUAAAUUAUGCAUAUUUGUUUUUGGGUGAAAAAAGUCAUUAAAAUUGUGUGUUGAAGGUUCACUUAUUUUUUAAAAAAAUGUACACAUUAUGUAUAGAUGCUUUUCAUAUAGCAUUUUCAACCCUCCUUGGCUGCCAUUUUGAGGGUCAUUUCCAUAUCGCAUACCAUAUCUUCAUGAAAACUGGUAAAAAUCUUUUACAUAUUGGUACUGUAAUAAUAUUUUGCUGCAUAUGUAAAAAUAAUGAUUUGAUAAUUCACUUAAAUCAGCUGUUUAUAUUUAUUAUUAGUCCCCUACCGGUUUAACCGGAGGGGACUUUAGGUUUACCCUCCGUCCGUCUGUCUGUCCGUCUGUCUGUCAGUCCGUCCGUCCACAAAACUGGAUCCCGCGAUAACGCAAAAAGUACUGAAAAUGUUUUUAUGAAACUUGAUAUAUGGAUAGAUGGCAGUAUGGAGAUUAUGCAUGUCUUUUUUUUUUCUUCCUAUGUUGAAAAUUCUAGUUGCUAUGGCAACAAAUAGUCUGAAAAUAUGGCAGAUUUAACACAUAAACUGGAUCCAGUGAUAACUCAAAAAGUACUGAAAAUAUUCUUAUGAAACUUGAAAUAUGGGUAGAUGGCUAUGGCAACAAAUAGCCUGAAUUUCAAGAUUUCUGAUUUAAAUUUUUCAGCUUUUUCACUAUAUGUUCUUUAUUUCUUAAGGUGUUUACUUCAAACUUUAAAUAUAAGUUUCUGGUCAUCAACCACAUCAUAUGUGACAAGGUUUAUAACUCUAGCACAAAAAAUAUCAGUAUUACCUCCCUUGAACUUAGAUUUUUUAGGGGAAAAAAUGUUGUCUUUUUUAAAUAACUUCUUUAUUUCCUAAUGUAUCUACUUCAAACUUCAUAUAUAUGUUUCUUAUUAUCACUCGACAUUUUUGAGAAGGUUAAAUACUCUAGCAAGACUAUUUCCAGAAUUAUGUCCCCCUUGAACUUAGAUUUUUUUCGAGAAACUGGUAUUUUCACUCCAACUUCUUCAUUCCUUAUAGGAUUUACUUUAAAAUCCCACAUCGUAAUAAUAUGACAAGGUUGUAUAAACAUAAUUUCCUUACUAAGCAUGGAAACUUAACACAUUACUGUGAUAUAGACAAACUUAUUUUAUUAUGUUUUGUGGUUGAUAUUUUCAAAUACAGACUUCAUCCUCAAAUUCAUUAUAAAUGGCAAUACACAGGAGUGUAUGACAAUUAAAGAACUUUUUGAGGGACCGGUAGGGGACUACUGUAUUGCCCGCAAUACUAUCAAAUGCUUGUUUUUCAUAUUUUGUCAAUUAUAUGAUAUAAGAAAUACUGACCCCCAAAAUGGCUGCCACUUUUGGCAAGGGAGGUAAAUAUUGUAAAAAUUGGGAACUAUCUAGACCCUUUAACUGCUGGAGCUGACAGUGAUAUAGCCUUUGCCACCAGUAUAGAGCCAGGCCAGCCUGUAUUAUGUAUAGAGCCAGGCCAGCCUGUAUAUGAUUGUCUGUGUAGUGUAGCCUGAUAAGGCUUUAUACUGUUUGGUAGGUCAAUUUUAGUGUGCAUUUUGAUAUUGAAAUCCCUUACACUUCACUAAAACUUGGCACUGUUCCAAAUUCAAAGCCGGGCUAGUUCAUUACACAAAUUCAGCGGGAUUAAGGUUAAAGAAAUAUUAUAAAAAUAAUAAUUGAGCCGGGUCACGAUAAAACCAACAUAGUGCCAGCCUGUGCAUCCGCGCAGUCUGAUCAGGAUUCAUGCUGUUUUCGCUGUCAGUUUCUCUACUUGUAAUAGAGUUGGUAAGCGAACAGCAUGGAUCCUGAUCAGACUGCGCAGAUGUGCAGGCUGGUCUGGAUCCAUGCUGGUCACAAACGCACUAUGUUGGUUUUAUGUUUAUGUACUUUAAGAACCAAACAAACUAUACUUGGUGUUAUACAGGGUUCAUUGUGAUAUUUUUAAUAUGAGGAAUUAUAAGAACAAAAAUUGAGACUGUGUGUUUUGUGCAUUUUAACAAGUGCUACUUUUCAAUAUGAAUAAAUAUCAUCUGAAUGUGCUAACAAUGAAUAUUAUAUGUAAAUUGCAUUGUUACAAUGUACAAUGUUAUUUAUUGAUUUUUUUUUUCAAUAUUAAAACUAUUGAAAGCA